AUGUUUUCAUGCUGUGUUGACUACAACAGAAAAAUUCAUAUUUUCAACUGUUGCAGAACAAGAGUUCACAAGCAUAGACGUACGCACCACGCAUUGAGGGCAUCCCUUGAUACAAAUAAUGAUGAUCAUAUUCAAGUAGACGCUGAAUUAGCCAAUAUUCAGCCAUCUCAUUCAGAUCAGCCAUCAAAUUACGGAGGAUCUGUAUCGACUUCCCCAGCCGUGCCAACUCAACCUUCUCCUUACGAUUAUGCACCACAAUCUAAUUCUGGUGGAGCAGCUCCUCAACAACAGCCUGCAGCACGUGACCCUUACGCUGACAACGCGGACAAUUACGCCAAUCCUCCUGUUGUUGUACAAAAUCCAACUAAUAAUAACGAUGAUUGGGAUUGA